AUGUCCUCCCGAGUACGUAUCACCGUGGCCAACGCCGCGGCAGACGGUGGCGCGAACGUCCUACGGCCUCCAUACCCGACGGAGGGCGGCAGCGUUCCGAUCUACUCGAUGAUGCACGGACAGAUCGACAAGCGGAACUGGGUGUUUCGCAACCCGCAGUGGUGCGAACUGUGCAACGAACCAGUGUCGCGCUGGUUGGAUCAUCAGAGUCGCAAGGACCACGCGCUGCUGGAUCUACACUACUCGCAGCUGGCCGAGUGGCCGCGUCGGUGGAACCCCGAGGCGGUCCUGUCAACCUUCAUGGAGCACCUCGGAAUCGACAGCGUGGAGCCGUACCACGCGCUCUUCUCCAAGCUGGACAGAGAGGGCCGCACUGAGCUCUAUGCGAUACUCGUCAAGCUGGAAGAGGCUGGCAUGGUGCACUUUGGCAGCAGCCGUGACACCUACCUUAGCCGCAUGGUGGGUGGGAUGCGCGGGUUCGACCAUCAAGGAGCGCUGGUGCUGCACGAGUGCCUAAUGGGACCAUUUCUGCGGCUCUUUCCGAACGGCCUCAUACAGGACUACUCCAACCUCCUCGACUUCAUGUCGUGCAGCUACAAUAUGGAGACGGUAUACGACAUGUGCGGCAUGUACACGCUGGACAAGGUGGCACUGCGAGAGCACUACGGCCCGAGCUCGCCAGCCGCGAUGGGGCUGGGCGGCGUCGCGACGAGCUCCUCCGCGUCGCGCGGCUACGAAAACGAUUUGCUUGCGUCUUGGGCUGCCAAUGCAUCGUCGUCGUCCGCCGCCUCCGACAGCACGACCGGCGCUGCGAGCACCUCAGGUAAUGACAGCAACGCCACGACCCGAUUGGCGCAGCUACAAGCGGCACGGGCUGCCAAGUUGCAAGAGAAGUCAGAGGAGGAGGCCUUCUCGCGCAAGAGCGCAUUUGUGCGUCAACUCCUUGGGCAGUUGCGGUGGCUGCUGAUGCCAGAACAAGAGCACCCGGCCGGCUUCACAUUCCCGCCGCACAUCAUCACCCUGGGUGAGCUGUGCCUGAAGGGACUGGUGGUCGCGAUUAUCGAAGCACGCCUCUGCGAGUACAUGGUGCGGGCCGAGCCUGUCUGGCUUUCCUUCGGCCUCGAGCGGCGGCAGCUAAAGCGCAACGCAAUCGCAAACGCCGACGACGUAGUCCCACGACUUGUGCGAUACUCCUACCGCCCCAUGGCCCAGGACCUGCGUGACCUGUACUCCACCCAACCAAGUGCCCUUGAUGCACUGGUCCAGGCGGGCCUAGUAAAGAAGAAGCUCCCGACGCUGAAGGCCUUUGGGGAGUGCGAGAAAGCACCUAACUCUGCAAAGCCACUUCAAGGUGGAGUGGCAGCGGAGGACAGCUCGCGUGCCAGGCCCUCGUCGGGACUCGCCCCCUCUGCUGCAAGCAAGCGACUGCAGUCGACUCUCGUUUCCAGGCAACCGCAGUGA